GCGCCCUCCCACAGGAGGAGGGAUGACGAAACCGCACAUGACGUCACGGGUGUCUUCAAUUAAAUGCUGAAGUCGCUCAGUGAAAGCCAGACCUGAAGCUCCGCGGCGGCUGGACACGCGCUCUGAAAUGCAAAGCCAGCAGAAACCUCAGUUUGCCACUUGGCUCAUAGAGCAAGUGGGUACAGGCCAAUAUCCCGGCCUGCAUUAUGUGGCCCAAAACAAGUUCAGAGUCCCGUGGAAGCACCUCUCCAGGAAGGACUGCAACGACGAGGACAGUGGAAUAUUCCGGGCCUGGGCCAUAGCAAGUGGAAAGAUUAAUGAGUUCCCCAAUGACAAAGCCAGGUGGAAAACCAACUUCCGCUGUGCUCUGAACACCCUCAACCAGCAGUUCAAAAUGAUAGAAGAUAACUCCAAGAACUCGGAGGACCCUCACAAAAUAUAUGAGAUCAUCAACACUAGAUACAACUAUGAAACUCUGCCGACUCAGGAAUCCCAGGAAGACCCAGCUCUCUUUCUUUCUCCUACUACGUACUUCCCCUCAGGAAGUGAGUGUGAUCUGCUCAACAACUUUAUGGCUCUGGAUCUUGAUUUCCAGCCAACAGCAGAGCAGCAGCCGUGGAUAGAAAACUACAUGCAGCCAGAUCCAGUUGUUGUAGUUGGAGGCUAUCCUGCUGCUGCAGAGAACCACCCGCAGUUUUUACCACAGCAGCCGGCAAAUUACGAGGCAGUGGCUCCAGGGCCAGUCCCCAGUUCACCUCAUCAGCCGAGCAUCUAUGACCUGGAGAUCUCAAUCCACUACAGAAAAAAGGAAAUGCUUAAACAAACACUGAGUGCCGUCCGUCUCCAGCUCCACUAUGGCUGCGAAGUCCCUGGGCUGAAUGCACAUGCUCUCUGCUUCCCCUCCCCAGACGGGCUCAUCGAUCACAAACAGAUUGACUACACCAGCCGUUUGCUCAACAGCAUCCAGAGAGGCCUUCUCCUUGAAGUAAAAGAGUGUGGCAUUUAUGCCACCAGGCACGACAAGUGCCACGUGUUUGCCAGCACCAGUGACCCCAACGUGGCCCAUCCACAGCCAGCGAAGCUGCCUCAAAGCAUAAAGGUGCCGCUCCUGGACUUCAAAAAGUUUGUGCAUGAGCUGAAGCAGUUCACGGAGCACAGCGGAAGAUCUCCCGAGUACACCAUCAACAUGUGCUUUGGAGAGAAGUUUCCUGAUGGAAAACCUUUGGAGAAGAAGCUUAUUGUGGUGAAGGUGGUCCCCCUGCUCUGUCGGUAUCUUCAUGAGAUGGCGCAGAUGGGUGGAGCUUCAUCCCUCCACAGUGCCAACGUCAGCUUACAGACCUCACACAACAGCCUCAUGGAUCUGAUCAGCUCUGUGUUUGGACCGCCGUCAGCAGAGGAGCCGCCAACUUCACCAACUAGCAAUGGAAUCGCACACCACAUCAUGAUGAUGCAGACCAUGUAAUGUUAUAGUCAUCGCAGUGACCUUACAGUGAAUCGGCUCUUACUGUCAAGAAAGAACAGAAAGUAGCUGUAAGCCGGUGUUGAUUUGCUGGGGAAAAACCUCAAAGCUAGAACUUCCUCUUUUGUUUUUUUCCACGUUAUUCUCAAACUGAGAUUUAUAUCACUACAGAAGCACGCUUACAUUCAGUUAAUUGCUUUUAAAGUCUCUGAGCUCCGUUUCAAAGCUAGCGCUGGUCACUAUGUGGGGAAGCUCCUGAAGCUGAAUAUAAUCAAUGCUGUUAACUUCAAAAUGUUACAUGCAAGUCAGAAUGUUUUUGUUCAGUUGUGAAAUCGGCCUUAUUUAUUGUUAGGUAACAUACAAAUAAGGGAGGAAAAAAGAAAAGUCCAGAAAUAAGUUUAAUUGUGCAUAAAGGUCACUUUAAAUCCUGCUUUAUAUUUGAGGGCGAAGAGGAAACGUUGCCAUUAUUGACCCAUGUACUGCACUCCUUAUGAAAUCCAGCUAUGAUUACUGUAAAUAUAUAUUUUUUUCCAUUUGUUGCUAUUCAGCAGACAAAUGCAUGUACACUGAAAUGAAACUAAACAGCUCUUUCUAACAGGUUUUUAUCUUACUGGUCGCAUGGAGGAGAAACUUGAAAAAGGCAGAAUUGCAAUGUUUGUGUGGUGAAUACAGGUUGGCACUUUUGACAGCGUUUUCAUACUCUGUUGAACGUCUUGCACUUUUCAUACUGAAUAAAUUGUCACUGUCAGAAUAA